AUGCCGAUAGCUUUUUCUCGUGGUGCGACCACUGCGCUUUGGCUGCGCUCCAAACACUGCCCGACUGGAUCGGCGCUAACAGUGCCCGUUUCUCCGGGAGAUCUGACCCAGUUUUCGCAAGUUUUCGCAUCUUCGCAGGUGGCCGCCGAAACCUCCCAUUGUGCGUUUCCGGGCGCAGUGCGAGCCCGGGCCUUGGAGCUCCGAAAGUCUCCAGCCUCUCCGCCUCUCCGCCUUGGGCAGGUUCUCCGCUCAGUUCAAGGCGAGCGGCCAUGUUUCAGGCUUGACGAUGGUUUGAGCGGCCUUGCUUCUCUCCCGUGCCAGCCUGCGGAAGUGAAAGAAGAGCGGCGCCGCUCCAUCCAGCAGGCUCAGGAACGGAAGCAGAUCAAGAUCGAUGCCAAGGAGGUCAUCCAGGACAUGACGCUGACCUGGAUUAACAUGUAUUUCAAGCUUGAUGUCGUGACCCCACGUGACCUUACAGCGAGCUUUUCUAUCAUCAUUCUGACCAUGAUGGAUGUCAUCUAUCCAAAGAAAGUCCGAUGGCAUCAGGUGGACUGGAACGUGGCGUACAUGCGGGCUCUGGCACACAACCACAGGGUGCUGGAGAAGCACUGGAACGAGGUCAACAUGGACAAGGUCAAGGAUCUUCGACGAGAUCGCAUUGGCAUGUCCAUCGAGAACACCUUAGACGCCACUAUAGAGGAUAAGCUGCACUUCCUGAAACAAGUGAAGCGCUGGUUCGAUUGCCGGGUCCAGCACUCUGCCGCCUACGACCCUAUCAAGCGGCGCACCGAGGUGGAGAAACAGAUCCGACUCACGGGCCGCUUGAUGAAGUUUCCCACGUGGAUGCAGUACGACAAGGAGGAAGUCCAAGCCAGCCGUGCGACCAAGCCUGACAAGAACAAGCGAAGGUCGGAACAGACAGAGCCAACUACUGAGUACGAGAAGAUGCCAGAGUUCAAGCGCCUCCUGUGGUUCUUGGGAUCCGAGCAUCAGACAAUGAAGCCGAAGCAUUUUCCGUUUCACACUCGUCUCGCUCUCGCUCUCUGCUCGGCGGACCAGCCUUCGGUGAAGAGCGCCGAAGGCAUGUUUCUGGAUUCGCGUCGAGUUACGAUUCACGCGGACGAGGAGAGAGAUGCAGAGGGUCUGCUUGCCUCGUCAGAGCAAUGCUCUGCAGAUGACAAUUUUUCCAGAAAGGUGGAGGCCUGCUGGACACGAAGGCCUGCAGCAAUCGCAUCCCUCCUUCUGAGUGUUGGAGUCUUGACUGGCAUCGGCGUUGGGUUCCAUUUGCGAGGGCAGCAUGGCAACCUUCGACAGCCUGCUUAUGCGAGCCUCUACAAGUUUGGCCAAGCAGCUGACCUGAGCCACUACGAAAAGGCGAUCGAAGGCAUUUGCUCAAAGAAUGCCCAGCAUGACCAUAGCCAGGCGGUGCCCAUCACGAAACCGAUGGUUCUUCCACGUGCAAACCUCUGCACCAGUAAGUUGUUGUCCAACGACUUUCCCUGUGGCUUCACCAGAAAUUGGUCCUGCCCGUCCUUCCCGCCUGCUGUGAAGGCCAAUGCAAGCGGCGUUGCAGCAAACGAUGGAUCUCUUGGUUACCACUGUUGCUGUGAGAUCGAGCGACUCAGGUCUGUGACUUGGUCAAGACAUCCUUUCAAGGAUGAUGCAGACUCGAUGCCCGAGCCGCAGAAAGUGCGGAUAAAGGUCGUGACACAACAUCUUUUGGUGGAACCUCUUUGGCAUUCAUAA